AUGGCUAGGUGGUGCAUCUUGCUUGUUCUUGCUCUGCUUGUGGUUGCAAGUGCAAGAAAUGUGCCCAACGAUGCUGUUGGUGUGAAGGACCAGAAGAACUUCCUCGGCUAUGGUGGCCUUGGUGGUUUUUCAGGAUUUGGUGGUAAUGGACUUCCUUUUGGAGGUGUUGGGGCUGGAGUAGGUACUGGCUUUGGCGGUGGAAACGGUGGCCUUUUCGGUGGUGCUGCUGGCGGAGUUGGCGGACUCGGUGCUGGUGCUGGUGGUGGAGCUGGUGGUGCCAAUCCUUUCCCUUGA